GCAGCACCUGUCGUCUGUGAGGCUGGGGAUUCGGUGGGAGGGGUCAUUAUUUGGCAGGGAGCGGCAGAGAGCCGAGCAUUUACUAGAUACCCACAGCAACGCGUGGAUUCAUUCUGCUUCCAUCACUUGAGAGGCAAGCCGGCGGAAUUGUUUUCUCUUGCUUGUUUUAACUUACCUGCAAGGUUUGGAAAGCCGUCCAUUUGGAAAUAAACCGUUCCAUCGUUAUUCCUCGGAAGAAUUUUGUUCGUGCACCGGCGCUGUCAGCAUUGAAGGGCUACGGAAGUGAUAAGGUUCCCCAUCAGUGGUUCCUUGUAGAAGUUGUCCUUUGCACUGAUCUAGAACUUUUUCCCCUGAAUUGAUAAAAGAGCAAACACUAAACUGGUCUCAGUAAAUAUGACGAGUGCUACAUCCCCAAUCUUGCUAAAAUGGGACCCCAAGAGUCUGGAGAUUCGGACACUGACUGUGGAAAGGCUGCUGGAGCCGCUGGUCACACAGGUGACCACCCUGGUCAACACCAGUAACAAAGGCCCAUCUGGUAAGAAAAAGGGCCGCUCCAAGAAAGCUCAUGUGCUGGCUGUGUCCGUGGAGCAAGCCACCCAGAACUUUCUUGAAAAGGGCGAGCAGAUUGCUAAAGACAGUCAGGACCUGAAGGAGGAACUUAUCGCAGCUGUAGAGGAUGUCCGCAAGCAAGGUGAUACGAUGCGUGUGGCCUCCUCAGAGUUUGCUGAUGACCCCUGCUCCUCUGUGAAACGUGGCACUAUGGUUCGUGCGGCCCGUGCCCUCCUUUCUGCCGUCACUCGCCUCCUCAUCCUGGCAGACAUGGCUGACGUCAUGAGGCUCCUGGCUCACCUCAAAAUUGUUGAGGAAGCUCUUGAAGCUGUUAAGAAUGCCACCAAUGAGCAGGACUUGGCCAAUCGUUUUAAGGAGUUUGGGAAAGAGAUGGUUAAGCUCAACUAUGUGGCGGCUCGCAGACAGCAGGAACUUAAGGACCCUCAGUGCAGGGAUGAGAUGGCAGCCGCUCGCGGAGCUUUGAAGAAGAACGCCACCAUGCUCUAUACGGCCUCACAGGCCUUCCUGCGCCACCCCGAUGUUGCCGCUACACGUGCCAACCGAGACUACGUCUUCAAACAGGUCCAAGAGGCCAUCGGGGGCAUCUCCAGUGCCGCCCAGGCCACGUCACCCACCGAUGAGAAGCACGGGCACGCUGGUAUCGGCGAACUGGCCGCCGCUCUCAAUGAGUUUGACAAUAAGAUCAUUCUGGAUCCACUUACAUUCAGUGAGGCUCGCUUCAGGCCGUCCUUGGAGGAACGUCUGGAGAGCAUAAUCAGUGGCGCCGCCCUGAUGGCCGAUUCCUCCUGCACACGCGAUGACCGCCGUGAACGCAUUGUAGCUGAGUGUAACGCUGUGCGCCAGGCCCUGCAAGACCUGCUGAGUGAGUACAUGAACAAUACGGGCAGAAAAGAAAAAGGAGACCUGCUGAAUUCAGCCAUUGACAAGAUGACCAAGAAGACCCGUGAUCUUCGCAGGCAGCUAAGGAAGGCUGUGAUGGACCACAUAUCUGACUCUUUCCUGGAGACCAACGUGCCCCUGCUGGUGCUGAUAGAGGCGGCCAAGAGCGGUAACGAGAAAGAGGUGAAGGAGUAUGCGCAGGUGUUCCGCGAGCACGCCAACAAGCUGGUGGAGGUGGCCAACCUCGCCUGUUCCAUCUCCAACAAUGAGGAGGGUGUGAAGUUAGUGCGCAUGGCAGCUACACAGAUUGAUAGCCUGUGUCCACAGGUAAUCAAUGCAGCCCUCACCUUGGCCGCCCGCCCUCAAAGCAAGGUUGCCCAGGACAACAUGGAUGUCUUCAAGGACCAAUGGGAGAAGCAAGUGCGCAUACUGACUGAGGCUGUAGAUGACAUCACUUCCGUUGAUGACUUCCUGUCUGUUUCAGAAAACCACAUCCUGGAGGAUGUUAAUAAGUGUGUGAUUGCCCUGCAAGAGGGGGACGUGGACACGCUUGACAGAACAGCAGGGGCAAUCCGUGGCCGAGCUGCCCGUGUGGUACACAUUAUUAAUGCUGAGAUGGAGAACUAUGAACCUGGAGUCUACACCGAGCGUGUUCUUGAGUCAAUUAAACUCCUCUCAGAGACUGUAAUGCCACGUUUUGCUGAGCAGGUGGAGGUCGCCAUCGAGGCUCUCAGCACCAACCCCCCGCUGCUAUUCGAAGAGAAUGAGUUCAUCGACGCCUCUCGCCUUGUCUACGAUGGAGUGCGAGACAUCAGGAAAGCAGUGCUCAUGAUAAGGACCCCAGAAGAGCUGGAAGACGACUCAGACUUUGAGCAGGAGGACUAUGAUGCUCGUAGCCGCACCAGCGUCCAGACAGAAGAUGACCAACUUAUAGCUGGACAGAGCGCUAGGGCCAUAAUGGCUCAGCUGCCUCAGGAAGAGAAGGCUAAGAUCGCAGAACAGGUGGAGAGUUUCAGGCAGGAAAAGAGCAAGCUGGACGCAGAAGUCGCUAAGUGGGACGACAAUGGAAAUGACAUAAUUGUGCUCGCUAAGCAGAUGUGUAUGAUUAUGAUGGAGAUGACAGAUUUCACUAGGGGAAAAGGUCCCCUGAAGAAUUCAUCUGAUGUGAUCAAUGCUGCAAAGAAAAUUGCAGAGGCUGGAUCUAGAAUGGACAAGCUUGCCCGGGCUGUGGCUGACCAGUGUCCCGACUCCGCCUGCAAACAGGACUUAUUGGCAUACCUUCAGAGAAUUGCCCUCUACUGCCACCAACUCAACAUCUGCAGCAAGGUCAAGGCUGAGGUCCAGAAUCUGGGAGGAGAACUAAUUGUUUCAGGGCUGGACAGUGCUACAUCCCUCAUCCAGGCAGCCAAGAACUUGAUGAAUGCUGUGGUUCUCACGGUCAAGGCCUCCUAUGUGGCUUCCACCAAAUACCAGAAGGUGUAUGGCACAGCGGCAGUCAAUUCUCCAGUGGUGUCCUGGCGCAUGAAGGCCCCAGAGAAGAAGCCCCUAGUGAAGAGAGAAAAACCAGAGGAGUGCCAGACCCGUGUCAGGCGGGGUUCUCAGAAGAAACACAUCUCCCCCGUCCAAGCCCUCAGCGAAUUUAAGGCCAUGGACUCCUAUUAACUUUGCAUCACAUAUGCCCAAAACAGCUCCUCCUCUCUUAAUUUCUUCUCCUUUCCCUGUAACAGCUUAUUUUCUCCAAGCUGUAUCUUGUUCCAUGUGUGUGUGUGUUAGUGUGUGUGUGUGUGCGUGCGUGCAUGCGUGUUUGUGUGUGUGUGUGCCCAGUAAAUGUCUGCAAGUUGGAGGAUUUGGCCACCUAUCCUCUUCUAACCAAAUUUCACUGUUAAACGAGAACUUGUGAAGGAGAGUGACAUAUACAGUACAGUGUGGGCUUCAGUACAAUUCACGUGGUGUUCAUUCUUAACAGUACUACCACUGACUGGCCAUAUAUACACAGAGGAAAAACAAUAUAAUGGUAUUACUGGUAGUGUCAGCUCUACCCAAGACAGGGGUGAUGCUUGCCUUCCUAUGUUUUUAUUUGUAUUAUUGUUAUUAUAAUUAUUUAAAAUUAAUAUGACCCAUAGUAAUAGGAAUAACUUAUGUUGAAACAUAUUUUCUGCCUUGUUCCAAAUUAUCCAUAUGGUGACCUAAGGCACUAGUUUUUCUUGCAUUUAAAAUACAUUUAUUUUAUUGUAUUACUGUAUCACUAACCAUGGCAGCCAGGCUAUAGUAUUACAUUUAGAAAAGGACUAGUUGUGUAGUUUGCUCAGAUACUUGUAGAAUACUGCAUACCUUUAUAGUCCUGAAUUAUAUAAUAAACCUUGCA